AUAGCUUGUAUAUAUUGUAGGCGGGAACAAAGUUAUCAAGUACCAAAUAACAAACAUCAGACAAGAGACCGGCUAAACUAUACUUUCGCAAGAUCUCCACAAUAUUUCCUAACUUCUAUUUUUCUUCAAUGAUUAUUUUUGUUUGUCAGUAGUUGCUAGCUAUUUUUCCAUGCUGGGUGUACAGCCCGGCCCGGGGACCUUUAUGUCCAUGGAUAGGAAUGGUGACACUCCAGAUAACCAAAUGCUCUUGUCCAUUCUCCAACGGACCACUAGUGAUAAAAAAUAUCAAACCAAUAGGAUGGACACCUCUAGAAAUAGCGAUAAACAGUCGAAGGGCUUAUCAUCCAACUCAGAGAGCAUAUUCCCCGAUCAUUUUUUCACUGAUAUUGAAAAUGGACCGAGAGAAGCUUCAAAUUCACAAAUUGUGUACACUGGAAGUUUUCGAACCGAAUCUGCCGGAAGUAUGACAGAACCAGAUCGCUUGGCAAAUUCUUUUGAGGUAGAACGUUUGUUGAUUGGAAUAUCAGAAAGUGCUGGACCGCUUUUUAAUUCCAGCCAGGUGGACACGGCCCUUCCUGAAGACCUUGCAUCAGUGGCACUCAUGCAGACUGACACUCCCUUCUCUCGUGAACCUGUCGUCUGUAGUGCUGGACAAAACGCGCCAUUUUCAUCUUUACCUAGCAGAAGUUUUGAUUACCCUACUACUAGUGCUCUUGAUAGUGUAUUUUCGGUACCUACCACUACAGACUCUCUUGUAAUAGAUUUACUAACACAUGGACAGUACACUUCCGGACUUAUCAACGCAACUUCGUCGGGACCAGUACGGCAAGAUUCCCACAUUGAAACCCCCCUGAGCACCGGUCAUUUGUCCGACCAAUUUUCGCCUGUGGAGGCAACUUCAGAUUCUUCUUCCCAAAGUUUCUCUGACCACUUCCAAUAUACGCAGACUUCGUCAUCCACUACUCAUAAGUCGUUAAAUUUACCACCCCCGGGACGUCCUGGCCGAAAACCCGGUCCCAAUAGUAGCCGCACAUAUAAAAGACGGGAGGUUCCGAAGGAUACCGAGGAAUACCUUAUCAAACGUGCCAAAAACAAUAUCGCCAUCAGAAAAUGUCGUGAAAAAGCUAAACGAAAACAAGAAGAGACUGACGAAAAAAUGAAACAGUUAGAAAAUGAAAAUAAAGCACUACAAAAAGAAGUGGAGGAUCUUCGAGCCGAGGUGAAGAGACUGAAAGGAAACCCGACGUAGAGAAAAUUCACUGAUCCCUGGACCGGGGGGGGGGGGGGGGGUGAGAGAAGUAGAUAUAAAACAUGUGUUUGGUGCUAUAUAAGAUUUUGUUGUAUAAUUGUGUGUAUAACAGAAUCUUAUGUCUAAAAGAAGAUGAGUGUGUGAUUUUUGAAGGUGAGUGUUUACAUGCAUUAUUUCCUAAAAUUUUGUACUAGUAUAUGUGAUGAUCUAUGACCAUUUGAUGUCAUAGAUGCAAUUCAUGUACUGGUUUGUAUGCUUUGUAUAUAAAUAUUGCAAUAGAUACAAAUAAUAUUUAUAGUUAAUUUAUCAUAGAUGUUUAGUUCCUAGUGCAUGUUUAUUGAUAGCAUAUUAUUCUAAUGAAAAAAUCAAUAAGGAAAUCAUGGAACUUAUGUGGAUAUACAUGUAUUACACUUAUUUAAAAUCAUUUAAUAAAAUGUUUGAGAGAUUU